AUGACCACCGACACCCCCACCCACGCCAAGCCCCAGCUGACACUGCUGACUGGAGCAUGCGGCCUCGUCGGCUCGCGCACGCUGCAGCACCUGCACGCAAAGGGCUUCAACCUUGUCGCGACCGACAUUGUCCCGCCCAAGGAAGGCACGCUGCCGCCCGGCAUCCCGUUCAUCCAAGCCGACCUCACCAAGCCCGAGGACGUCGACAAGCUCUUCGACUACCCCGGACCCACUCCUUCAGCGAACGCCCCACCACCGGCCUACGACUUUGCAAUGUCGCACACCUCGAACGCCGAGCACCGGCCCACGGCGUUCGACGCGGUCGUGCACAUCUCGGCCAUUGCGUGGCUUCCCGCCGGCAAGACGCUCGACGCGCGCACAUGGCACGCGAACAACGUCGUCGGGAGCUACAAUGUCGUCCGGACCGCCGCGGAGCGCGGCGUGCGUAACAUCGUGCAGGCUAGUAGUAUGAACGCGCAGGGCGUGAGCUACACCAUUCCCGGACGGAACACGUUUGACGGGUUCCCGAUGAGCGAGGGAACGACGAGGCGACCGAUGGACCCGUACGGGCUCAGCAAGCACGAAGCCGAGAUCCAAGCCGACUCGGUCGCGUUCCUGUGCCCGUGGACGCGGAUCGCGACACUGCGGUACCACUUCGUGACGGAGAGCUACGAGACGGCCUGGCCGCUGAUCACGGCGCGUGAUGUCUUCUCCUGGGUGUCGUAUGACGCGUGUGCGCGCGCCGCCGAGUGUGCCCUCACGGCGCCGCCUGGCGCGUUCACCGGGCACGAGAUCUUCCAUAUCGUCGCGCCUGAGAUUGCGUGGGAGGGAGGGUUGGAGGAGGUGGAGAGGCGCAAGGUUGGCGACGCGGUCGGGGAGAGGCCGGGCACGGUCGAUCUGCUGCGCCGGUACUGGCCUGGCAUUCGCAUUGACGAGGCGUACUGGGCCUCCAACCCGCGCCGCGCGGUCUGGAUGAGCGACAAGGCAGAGCGCGUGCUAGGGUGGAAGCAUGACGGCUAG